CGUGACCAUAGAACACUCGAAUCAAGGGACCCUGCACUCAAAAUAGCACUUACUAUACAUGGCAGGAAGACUGACUUACCCUUACUAUACUCUUGCUCUACCGACUAGACGCCGAAGCUGCACAUCGAAGACGACUCACUGGCCAAGUUGAAUCAGAACCGUGCCAGAGCGAGAGCGCAGGAAAGGGAUCAAUUCAACCUCAAACCUUGCCUUUGUUUCCGAAGUUAUGAUGAGUGUCUCGGCGGCGGAGGACUGUUUAACCUUCUAUCUCCUGCAUGUCUUCUGCCAUAUCCACUGAAGAGGCGGAUACACCUUCCAACCAGACAUUGCAUGAAGAGAACCUGACGGAAAAACACGAACGCAGCCCAACCCCGACGGAAACUCACACCGGGACCGGACUCGAAAAGGCCCAAGACUCGGAGGAUGAUUCGUUUCUCGUCAAGCUCGAUCCCUCUGAGGACCCAGUGCUAUUCUCGCCAUUCAAAAAGUGGCUCGUCGUCAUGGUCAUUUCGGCGGGAUCGUUUUGUGUGACAUGUGCAUCGUCUAUGGCCUCGUUCACCGAACAAGCCCUCGCCGAAGAAUUCCAUGUAUCCCGGGAGCCGACCAUCCUCAUGAUCAGUCUCUUUGUGCUUGGGCUCGGGGUGGGUCCGUUGAUUACCGGACCGUUCUCGGAGGUUUAUGGGCGCUCGAUCAUCUACCAAGUCUCUUACGUGUUACUGGUUUUAUUCAGUCUUCCGGUGGUCUUUGCACCGGAUUUGGGUGUCGCGCUUACGUUCCGUUUCUUGCUCGGUGCGGCCGGAGCGUCUUUCCUCAGUGUUGCCGGAGGAAGCAUAGCAGACUUGUUCUCCGGUCCACAGGUCAGAAUGUCAGCCCAUGGCAGCUUAUACCAUGUCUCCGGUACACAGUUCUUGGGCCCAGGUCUGUACACGAUCAGACAGUCGGUGUACGUGCUGAUUGUGCCUAGUCUUCGGGCCAUUAUUGUCCGGUUUCAUCAAUCAGAAUUUGUACUGGAGAUGGACGUAUCGGAUCUUGAUUAUUUGGAGCUUUGUCCAACUUAUUACCAUUUUCCUGGUUUGUUUUCUAUCUCCAAGUAUCAUAUCACCCCAUUGAAACGUUCGAUGCAGUUUGUGCCAGAAACGUAUGCCCCUGUCCUUCUGCGAAGAAAGUCGCGCCGACUUCGCAAAGAAACCGGCGAUGAGCGGUACUGGGCGCCACUGGAUCGGCAUGAAAUAAAUUUUGCUCAGUCGCUUCUGCUCAGUUGUUAUGUUCCUUUCAGUAUGAGCCACUUGACUCCCUUCAUUUUCGCGAUGUUAAACUUGUUCUUUAGAGCUUCUGAUGUUCGACAGAAUGGCCCUUCUGCUCGAUACCUGGACUGCUCUGCUUCUCGGAAUCUUGUACCUGAUGUUCCAGGCCUUUCCGAUCAUAUUCGAACAAGGGCACCACUUCAACGUUCAGAGCACCGGCCUCACCUUUCUGGGCAUCGGCAUCGGCAUGGUCGCGGGUCUUUGUACACAGCCAUACUGGGACAAGCAAGUCUCAGCCAAGCUUCCGCGUCUAGUGUAUUGGCUAAACAUAAAUACAGACACCAUGCCAGAGCGGCUGCUGCCAAUGGGGGCAAGGCACCUCCCGAGACGUUGCUUGUCAUGGGGCAAGUCGGGGGAAUCAUGGUUCCGCUAUCUUUGUAUUGGUUCGCAUUCACGACAUAUCCGCGCGUGCAUUGGGUGGUGCCCAUUAUCGCCUCGAUUCCCUUUGGCACAGGGACCUUUUUCGUGUUCACGGCAACGUUCACGUAUCUUGUCACUGCGUAUCGUCCGAUUGCGGCCAGUGCCAUGGCCGCAAACAGCGCCCUCCGCUCAAGUUUUGCUGCCGCCUUUCCGCUCUUUGCUGGCGCCAUGUACAACAAAUUGGGAACUGUGGGUGCAACGGCGCUCCUUGCAGGCCUGGCAACCAUCAUGGUGCCUCUCCCGUUCAUUUUUUAUCGCAUGGGUCCUGAGUUGAGGGCCAAGUCCCGUUUCGCAGUAUAAAAGGUGCAUCCCAUACAUAUCCACCAACAUCAUUCGGGGUAUUCAAUUUUUUUUUGCACAAUCUGAGACUGGCAGGGCAUCCAAACAAAAAAGCCACUAUCAACUGUCUGAGGUGG